CCUCGAUUCCGCCCAAAAUUCCCCCUUCAAAUCCACCCCCCACAAACACGCCAAAACCGCAACCAAAUCCCCUCACCCCCACGACGCACGCGAAACCACCUCGACGAAUCCAUGGCGGCCGACGCGCUCGUCGUGGCGGGGCAGGCGAAGGCGAGGCACCCGCUGAGCCAGAUCGCGGAGAGCGGGACGCACCGGCUGCUGCUGAAGCAGUGGCUCAAGGAGGAGGACCUGCUCGCCCGCCGCGUCGCCCUGCGGGAGGCCCGCCUCGACGGCGCCCGCAAGGAGAUCGCCUUCCUCUACUGCGCCUUCUUCGCCUUCCACGCCGCCUCCAUCCUCCUCCUCUUCCUCUCCGCCUCCGCCUCCACCUCCGCGGCGUGCCGGCGCUCGUGGAUCCCCUGCCUCGUGUCGCUGCUCUCGUCGCUGGCCAUGCUGUGGGCGCUGCGGUACAAGGCGGACACGGAGGCGGUGCUGGAGCGGCUGCUGGCGCGGGAGCGGGAGGACGCGCUGCUGCUCGGCAAGUGCGUCGCCGAGCUCAAGCGGAAGGGGCUCGAGUUCGACCUCCUCAAGGAGGUGGACGCGCUGCGCCGCGCCAAGAGCCUGCGCGUCGAGGCCAAGGGCGGCGCCGGCGGCGAGAGGCCCAAGCGCUGGGCGGCCAGGGACCUCGCCGUCUUCCUCCUCUUCGGCGCCGCCUGCGGCGUCCUCGUGCUCACCAGGUACUUGCUCUGCAAUUAGCCCACCCAACCGCAAGAGGAGGAAGGAGGAGAUCGGAUCGCAGUUGCGCCUUCUUGGCGUUGAUCUAAUCCCACGCUGCUCGUUCGUGCAGAACUGUCUGUUCUGCGAAUUUUGAUGUUGGUUACUCACUUCGUUCAGUUUGUAAUAAGGACAAGGAUUCGAUACAUUUUAUUUUGCUUUUUGUGAUUGUGAUUAUUUCAGAGAGCAAAUUUACUCUCCAAAUGUGCACUAAUUUAAGUAGCCUCUCAUCUGAAUUUCUCCAAUCCCCAAUCACUCCAUUAUUCAGAGGUAGUGAUGUUCAGAA